ACACCGGCCGGUGAGAGAGGACGAUGAAGCCCCAGGAAGGAGCUGGCUCUCUCCUGCUCUUUGUCACUCCGUUGCUGCUGCCCCUGGGUUUUGCCUCGGAGCUGAGCACCGUGACCUGCGGCUCGGUCAUCAAACUGCUCAACACCAAGCACAACGUCCGCCUCCACUCCCAUGACGUCAGAUACGGCUCAGGUACAGUGUUAUUCGUGGCAGGCGCUGACGUCACGCAGAACCAUUGGCCACAUUGACAGUGACUGGUUCUCUCUGCCUGUGACAUGUGUUUGUGAUAAUAGUGGGGUGUGAAUAGAAAUGGCAAUCUGUUCUCUCAAAUGUUACAUGAAUCCCAUUCAAUGGCAGGUAAGAAGAACCUGGUAUAUAUAUAGUCUCAUAUUAGAAAUGUUUAGAUUUAUUUUUUUCUUUCAGCAUAGCUUUAUGCACAGUCAGUCAAUCUCUAAUAAUUUCCACUUUAAAUCCUUUCCAGGUACACCUGCUCUCUGUAUAGUGGUUGAGAUGGGUCAAUUAAAGGGACACAUCAGGCACCAAAACUACUUCAUCACGAUUAAGUUGUUAUGUCGUUAGAUGGUUUCGUGCAUUGCCCAAGCUUAGGAGGUUCACCUUGGCGCUUCCUCCACCUACAUCAGCUGGCGGGAGGGGGGGGGUCUAGUGCGCAUGCUCUCGCAUUAGGACUACCUCAUAGGGAAGCGUUGCUUAAUGCUUUGAAUGACCUCAUACACAGCAUGAUGAUCUCCAGCGUCAUUUAGGUGACCAAAAAUUUCAUAGCCACCCGGAAGUACCUCUAGUGGCUGUCUGGUAGACUGCCACUAGAGGUGGAGUUAAAGGACCACUAUAGUGCCAGGAAAACAUACUCGUUUUCCUGGCACUAUAGUGCCCUGAGGGUGCCCCCACCCUCAGGGUCCCCCUCCCGCCCGGCUCUGGAAGGGGAAAGGGGUUAAAACUUACCUUUUUCCAGCGCUGGGCGGAGAGCUCUCCUCCUCCUCCUCCUCUUCUCCUCCCCGUCGGCUGAAUGUGCGCAGCAAGCAGGCUGCAGCGGCGCUCAGCGUCUCAUAGGGCUUCACAAUGCUUUCCGCUGGCGCGUUCUCACUGUGAAAAUCACAGUGAGAAAGCAUAGCGCCCUCAGUGGCUGUCAAUGAGACAGCCACUAGAGGAAAUAGGGGAAGGCUUAACCCAUUCAUAAACAUAGCAGUUUCUCUGAAACUGCUAUGUUUAUGAAAAAAUGGGUUAACCCUCGCUGGACCAGGCACCCAGACCACUUCAUUAAGCUGAAGUGGUCUGGGUGCCUAGAGUGGUCCUUUAACCUUACAAGGUAAUUAUUGCAGUUAAUCAAUAACUGCAAAAAUUACAAUUGCAGGGUUAAACUGAGAGGGUCACUGUACCCAAACCACUGCAAUGAGCUGAAGUGGUAUGGGUGUCUCCAGUGUCCCUUUAGCAAUUGGACAUCUUAUGGGACUCCAGACCCCAUAAAGAAGUACAGCAGAUGGUAGGAUUAUCUUUCUUAGAGUGCUCUUUUAGGUCCCCCUUGUGCUGCUAAAACAGCGUUGAUGCAUCGAGGCAUGCACCCCUCAAGGCCUCUGAACGUGGCCAAGACAUUAGCAGCACAUGCUCCUUGCCAUCCACCUGAUCUAAAAGAAAAUGUGAUUCAUCAUACUAAGCAAUCUUCAUCCAUUCCUCAGUGGUGUUUAAAAUGUAAGAUCUGACUGUUCACUGGCUGCCUAAUAUAUCCUUCCCCUUGACAGGUGCCAUUGUAAUGAUAUGAUCAAUAUUGUAAAGCGCUACGGAAUCUGUUGGCGCUAUAUGAAUGGCAAUAAUAAUCAGUUAUUCACUUCACCUGUCAGUGGUUUUAAUGUUGUGGCCGAUCAGGGUAAAUAAUAUAUUUAACAGCUUUAAGAUAUAUUCAUUCUGUACUUGCUUCUUUUUGUCUCACUUUGUUGGCGUUUCACAAAUCUAUUCACUUUUCUCUCUUAUCCAACUGACCCGGUUUGGGAAUGCAUAUUUAAGUAGGGCACAGGCCCCCACAACAAUGAAACACUAUCUUUAUUGUCAGCAUGUUGGCAUUUUUCACUUUGAUCCUCAUGCUUCUCUCCUGUCAGUCAAGCAAUGGUAUACACUGUGUGUAUUUUUAAUACUGUAAUGUAUUCUUGUAGUUUUGAUGUAUCUUGCAUCCUAUUUUGGGACUCCGGCGUUGAUUUCACUUCGUUUCGCUUCACCUCCCAGGUUUCAGAACAGUUUAAAAGCUAAAGUGUUUAUGCUUCCUCUUUCUAUUUGCUACUUUCUCCUUUUUUGUUUUGUUCUUUUUUAAUUUUUUUAAACAAAUUUGGUGCGGCACAUCUAACCACAACCGGUUUGGUGCAAAUACAAAUAGGGAGGCCGUAGGUGUAAUGAGAGGUUUAACAUCCUUACAGUAGUUGUGCAGAUUUGUCCAUCAAUCUGUUUUUAAGACGAAUGAUAUUGGCUCUUUAAAGGACCACUAUAGUGCCAGGAAAAGAAACUAGUUUUCCUUGCUCUAUAGGGUCUUUAUGUGUCCUCCCACCCUCAGGGUCCAACUCCCGCCGGGCUCUAGGGGGAGGAAGGGGUUAAAGGCUUACCCUUCUCCAGCGCCGGGCUCCCUCGGCGCUGGGGACUCUCCUCCCUCUUCUGACGUCACCGGCUAAAUGCGCAGCAAGAGCCUUUGCGCGCACUCAGUCAGUCCAUAGGAAAGAAUUCUCAAUGCUUUCCUAUGAACGCUGGCAUCUUCUCACUGUGAUAAAAUCACAGUGAGAAGCGCGGAAGCACCUCUAGCAGCUGUCAAUGAGAGAGCCACUAGAGGCUGGAUUAACCCAUUUGUAAACAUAACAGUUUCUCUGAAAUUGCUAUGUUUACAGCGGGCAGGGUUAACCCUAGAUGGACCAGGGACCCAGACCACUUCAUUAAGCUGAAGUGGUCUGGGUGCCUAUAGUGGUCCUUUAAUAACCAAUGUUGUCAUCACAAUCCCUAUCAGCAUUGGCUGUCCUAAUUAUUUAGUAUUGUCAACAUUUCCACAAAUCUUGAUAAAUGUACUGUAUUUGAAAUUAAAUGUUUUACAAAAUCUGUUAAAAGCUAGAUUUUUAUGAAGGGAUAACACCAUUAUUAUCCCUUAAAUGGUUACUCCAACCACCAUGGCCACUUAUUAUAUAAGUGGUCAUGGUGGUAGGAGUCUGUAUGUGUUUCUGCUUGAAACACUGCACAUGCUGAGAUAUUUGCAUUUUUCUUCGGGGGCUAGUUGCACCUCCGGCACACGCAGCUUAGGAAGCAAUGCAACUCUAUUCUGGGCUGUCAAUUCUGUGCAAAAAUAGCCCUGGCAACAUAUGUUAAUAAUUUCUCCUUUGUAAAUGGGAGGCAUUGUAUGUCCCAUUCCCUCCCUGCUUUAAUUUAAUUCCUCCUUAUAGCCUUAGCGUUUUUUGUGGUGGUGUUUUUCUAACGAUUUUCCCCUUCCUCCAUCUGUUUACUUUGUGCCGUUACAUGCCCUCUGAGCUGGUCAAAUGGUCCAAUCGAAUGUUUCUCUAAGAGAAAUAGAUUGACACAGGCACUAGGGCACUAUAACGAAAAAGGUAAGGGGGAAAAAAAAUAAAGAUUUGUACAAAAAGGUUGGAAGGGUUAACACUUUAAAAGAAUGUUUCAAGCACCAUUAAUAUUGCAGCUCAGCUUAAAGGGUCCUUUCAGGUGCACUGACUAGUCUUAUCGAGCAGGAAAAACUGGAUGCUAAUGUAUGUGUUAAAAUAGAUCUGUCACUUAUCCAAAAUCCCCAUUGGCUUCUGCAUUUUUCUUUUGUUGUUCCUUUUUAUAACAUUGGCACUGGCUCAGGUCCGCCUUCUCUCCUCCGCUGCUGAUGUCAGACGGCGGGGGAGACCGAAUGCAUAUGCGCAACAAUGGCCGUGCUUGCAUUAAGGCUACCCCUGAGGAAAGUAUUGCUCACUUGCUUUCCUAUGGGGUUUUAGAUGAUGCUAGAUGUCCUCAUGCAUAGUGUGAGGACUUCCAGCGUCAGUUAGUCGACCAAAAGUCGCCUAAUGCUCUGGAGGUCCCUGUAGUGGCUGUCUGGUAGGCAGUUUAUUUAAAAAAACAAAACCCUGCAUUACCCACAACUGGGACACAGCACCCAGACCACUUCAAUGAGCUGCAAGUGGUCUGGGUGCUUAGAGUGUCUCUUUUAGUGUAAUGGUUCUAAUGUGUAUAGUAAAAAUGCAGAAAAGUAAUAGCAGUUUAAUAUAUGCAAUAGCAGGGUUACCUUCUCGGUGCUGGAUUCCUCUUUCCUGUGCCUGCAGGCUUUUUAAUAUAAACGCUUCCUUUUCAUAGAAAAGGCAGUGUUUACAUUACUGCCUAGGAACACCUCUAGUGGCAGUCAUUCAGGCAGCCAUUAGAUGUGCUUCCUAGUCCAGUGCUGCACAAUGCUGAUCAUUCCCCAUAGAGAUGCAUUGGCUGAGUGCAUCUCUACGAGGAGAUGCUGAUUGGCAUUAGACGAUCAAGAUUGAUUCUCUCAGUCACAUAGGCGGGGCAGGUGUGGCAUGCAAAAAAAGGUAAGUAAAUUCACUGUUUCCCUGAUCUGAUAUGGGGGUCGCUGUCCUAACUAGCACACUAGCAUUAGUCCACAUACGAGGGCUCUAACCUUCACCCCUGGUGUCAUGUUGAUUGAGAAACAACCAGGCGUGGGGCUUUUUAUUUAUUUAUUUAUUUUUUUUUUUUUUCUUUUCUUCUAUUCCUUCCUCUUUCCUUAAACUUCUCUUCCUUUUAUGCCUUCCUGCACCUUCCUUCUCCCAAGUCAUGGACUCCAGGCCAGUCGACCUGACCUAUUUCACAUUAAAUGCACCUUAUCACUCCCAAUAAACAAGCUAGGGUCCUCGGAGAGCGUCUCAAUUGCCUUUUUCCAGGAGACCCAUUUCCAAGUCAGCAAGGCACCUGACAGUUACUACCCGAUGGGCUUUUUCUCCCAUAACAACCACACUCAUACUAGAGGAGUAGCGAGUCUUAAAUCCGCUACCGAGAAAUACAUAAAUGUCCAAUGGAUAUAAACUCCGACGGAUACAAAAGGAUGAGGAAUGUAAAACUAAUAUACUUUUUGACAAUAUCUACAAUUAGAUUGAUUUAUUAAAUAUUUUGAGAUGAAAACAACAUAUAUAAACCCAUUAAAAAGAGCCCCUAUUGAAGACUCUGUAUAGUAGCAGUAUCCCAUCUAGUCUACUCUAUAGUAGACUAGAUGGGAUAUGAGCUGAGGAUCUCUGUGGUUGGCAUUUACCAGUGCGGCUGCUGUGUAGCAUGUCGGUAUAUUUCAAAGGGAUCAAAGAUUAUCACGGAUUCAAUGGACACACUCAAAAUUCCUGUUAAACUAUUUUUAACUGCAACACCUCAAGAGUUAUAGAUCUUCUAACUUGUGAGUAUGGCCUUAAAUAUGUGGGGAAGACGAUACACCCAUUUAAAGGGAGAAUAAUGGAACAUGUCCACCCAAUGACCUUCUUUAACCCUUUAAGGACCAAACUUCUGGAAUAAAAGGGAAUCAUGACAUGUCAGACAUGUCAUGUGUCCUUAAGGAGUUAAAGAUACUCCAGUGGCAAGACACGUGAGGGCACACCAUAGAGACUCUCCCAAGGGCAUGACGUUUUCCGGCAUAGAACAUUUUAAUCUGGGUGGGGGGGGGUGAUCUUGGUUUAGCUCUCAAAAAAAAGAGUGUGCUUUUGGAUUUACAAAUUAGGUACUCUGGCACCCAAGGGCCUCAACGAGGGCUUUACAUUCACCCUUUAUAUUGGCACCUGAAAAGGUUAUUGUAAAUAUGAUUGAUGGGAUAGAUUAUAUUCAUUUAUAAAUAUGUUUUUUAUUUUAUUUAUUUUUCUCAUUUAUUGCAUAUAGUGUUUUUUAUUUCACCUUGAGAGGUACAAUUAAUACACACAGGGCCGUGCCGGACUUCUUACCUGGGUCCCGUUGAGUCUAAAUGCUUUCCGAUGGACGCUGGCGUCUUCUCACUGUGAAAAUCACAGUCAGAAGCGCCUCUAGCGGCUGUCAGUGAGACAGCCACUAGAGGCUGGAUUAACCCAUAGGUAAACAUAGCAGUUUCUGUGAAACUGCUAUGUUUACAGCAGAAAGGGUUGAUCCUAGAUGGACCUGGCACCCAGACCACUUUAUUAAGCUGAAGUGGUCUGGGUGCCUAUAGUGGUUCUUUAAUUUUACUGUUUAAAGUAUUUUAAUAAAUGGUCUUCAACUUUAACCAUGUAUGUAUAUAACAGAAUAGAACAGUAAGGAUAUGUUAUAUAAAUGCAAGUGUAUGGGAUUGUCAUUCCCCUAUAAUUCUGGUCAUUGUGAAAGUGGCUUGUUUAUCACUAACUACCAUAAACGGGGAUAGAUGUCUAAACGUCAUAUCCGGAUGUUUAGAAUAAUAUAUUCCUCCCCUUUUUUUGGUUCCUUGCGGUAAACUGCACGAGGAAACUGCACACUCAGGGCAUUAUAGUGUCAGGAAAACCACUAGUAUUUUGUUUAGAUACACUGCUAUAGUGGCAACAUUGUUGUUGUUUUUUUGUAUCUUAUUCCUAUGGUUUACCUAUAAUAGUGGUGCUGACUUAUAGGGUUUGUGAUCCCCUUUCAUUGUAAUCUUAAUAUGUUUACUCCAGUUAAUGUACAAAAUCUUAUUAGGUUCUCCCACUCUCACUCCUAUUAUCCUCAGCUCAUAUCCCAUCUAGUCUACUAUAGAGUCUCCCCCUACUAAUACUAUACAGAGUCCUCAAUAGGGGCUCUUUUUUAUGGGUUUAUAUAUGGGGUUUUUUCGUCUCAAAAUAUUUAAUAGAUCAAUUUAAUUGUCAAUAUUGUGUAAAAGUAUUAGUUUUAUAUUCCUCAAGGGAUCCUUUUGUGUCCGUUGGAGUUUAUAUCCAUUGGACAUUUAUGUAUUUCUCGGUUUAUUUAAUUUUAAGGGUUACCCCCUUCUAAGUUCCAUUGCACACACGAAUAGUCCCUUUUUGUGAUAUUUUGUUUCUUCUUAUAUCUGCUACCACUACCUUUGUCCUCUCCUCAGAGUCUACCAAUCAUGAGGGCUGCUACCUGUUCAUGAAAGGGAAAAUCAAUUAAAAAAAAUCUUUACUUUUGCUAACAUGUAUUUUCCAAACCGAAGCGAGAAAUCCUUCCUGAAUAUGGUACUAUACAAAUUAGAAAAAUUUCAAGAAGGACCGCUCAUGCAAGGGUGGUGAGUGGGGCACAAACUAAUGGACUGCUAGAGUCUAAUGAACCCUUCAGGUAGGGAUUACACUCCAAAGUCUGGAGGUACCUAUUACAAUACAAUCUUCCAAAUCAGACAAAAGUCCAGGAACUGAUGGACUUACAUUAAAGUUCUAUAAAACUUUCUUUGACAUAUUGGCCUCCCAUCUCCUCCUAACAUUAAACUCCCUAAUGAAAGCAGCUGUCCUGCAACCCUACUCCACCAUUUGCACCAUGGGUCUGGGUCACACAUGCUUAAGUGGAUAUCCGCACUCUAUCCGCCCCUUCAGCCAGAGUCCUAGCAAACAACUUCUUAAACACCUCUUUUAAUAUUAGGAAUGUGAUGAGUAAGGACUGUCCCCUCUCAAACAUUUUAUUCAUACUGAGCCUGGGGCCCUUCCUAAAUGCGGUCAUAUCACAUCCACAUAUCAAGGGUUUUGAGGUAUAGGGACACCAGCCUAAAAUAGCAGCAUUUGCGAGCAAUAUGCUGCUUACACUUACACGUCCAUCUCAUUGCCUCACCUGAUGACGUGAGUUUUUACUUACCAACAGCUGUCAAAUCUUUUCAUCAACUCUAAUAAAUCUGAAGCCCUAGGAAGAGGUAUCACUUCAGCUCUACAACGCAGUUUUCAAAGCACCUUUUUAUCCUGGUGGUGUACAGAAUCAAUUAAAUAUUUGGGUAUGCUAAUCCCAUGGACUGAACUUCCUCCUACAGCUGGUAAAACAAGACCUGCAAAGUUGGUCAUUGCCACGCAUGAAGUGGCUGGGUAAAGUGGGGCUACUAAAACGAAUGCACAGAUUUCUGUACCUCUUACAAACUAUCCCAAUCCGUAUACCUCUGUCCUUUUUCACCCAGGUAAAAUCCUUGUUCCUUACAUACCUAUUGUAAAAAAGGGGGCUAGAAUUUGAUAUGACAUACUUAUCAAAACAAAGCAACACUGGCAAAAUAAAUAGGGCUAGACUUUGAUAUGACCUAUUAAUCCAAACCAAGCAACACGGAGAAAUGGGUUGCCCAUCCUUGCACUUUAUCAUAAAUCUAUACACUUUCAGAGGAAAGUGGUGUGAUCCACACUAGACCACACCAAAUCCUGUCUGGAAAUCAAAAACGCUCUUGCCCCACUCCCACUGUUUGCACUGCCAUGGCUACCUUCCUCAUCCAACAUUCGUCUACCAGGUGAUCACCUGACCAUACCUAACACACCACAUAUGGCACCAUCAGCCCUCUAGACACACUCACACCGCUACUACCUCUCCAAUGACUAUGAUAAUAGACAAUCUUUCAUUCCAUCAAGCCUAUACUCCUGCAUUCCUCCAUACUCGGCAAUGUAACCUCACCACUGAUAUUGCAUAACCUUCACUACAAUGGAAACAUGGUUUCUGUGGAAUCUCUCCUGGGAGCUCACUCAGCAAAGCUAUUCAAAUGCUUCCAGUAUAGCUACUGGCUCACUUUGUCCAUUCUCUCCUUUGAGACACAAAAGCCUCACACAAGCCCCGUGGUGGAGAUAUACACAUUGCAUUUACUACAUGUAUACAUUAAUCAUUACUCCACCGGAGGAUUCUCCUCUCCCUUUUUUUCACAAAAUUCUGGGAACGAGAUUUAGAUCAAUGGGAGAAAUCUUCAUACUUACGAACAAAUAUUCCACCAUUAGGACUCGUUAUCAGGAGGCAGGAUACAAAUAAUUCACACAUUGAUAUUGCACCCCAGAGACCUUGACCCAAAUGUUUUCAACAAUAGACAUGGAAUGCUGGAGAUGCAAUAUUGAAUUAGGAUCCUUGGUUCACAUACGGUGGACUUUUACAGUAAUCUGUCCAUUCUGGAUAAACAUGAGGCAAUUUCCAAUCUAGUGGACUGCCCCCUCCCCUUCAACAUGGAAACUUAUUUUUCACAGAUCACAAAUCUCCCAAUCCAGGCAUUCUGCAAAUCUGCCCUCUCACACCUUAUAGAUGCAGCCUGCAGACCUAUCCCCAGGUACUGAAGGCAGAGAGCAGUACCGCUGUCUCAGGACAGAAUACACAGAGUGUAGGAGAUGUGUUCCUUUGAGGAGAUAAUUCUCCAGGUUUCCAACCGGUACCAUUGAUAUGUAGAUACGUGGUACCAUUGGAUCCAGUGGCUACCCCAACAGGCUUGGAGGAGUUGCCUAGGGAUUGGACCUAAGGCAUACAGACUGUACUUACACUGCCAAGUCCACUUACUCUCUCCCUACAUUUUUUAUUUAUUUUUAUUUUUUAAUUUUAUUUUAUUUUUAUUCAUGGGCCCUCACUCUCCACAUAUUCAUAGAACCUGUACUCUACCUUCCAUCUUUCAUUUCUGAUUUAUAUUUCCUCUCAUCAUCUUUCCAUACCUCUACUUGGUUGACACAUAAUUGCUGUUAUGGUACUAAUCACUAGCCUACAAGGUUAAACCCGAGACAGAAUUGGAGUGUUUAUAAUCUAUCGAUAUUUGUGCUUUUUGUCCAGAUUUUGUUGACACUGAAUUAAAGCUGAAUGAAAGAAAAUAAAUAAACUUUUGCUUUCUGAAUUUUACAGGCAGUGGACAGCAGUCCGUGACCGGGGUAACCUCAGUAGAUGAUGGUAACAGUUACUGGCGGAUUCGAGGAAAAACCUCUACUGUGUGUAUGAGAGGAACAUUGAUAAAAUGUGGGCAGUCAAUCCGCCUGACACAUAUCAAUACUGGGCGUAAUCUUCACAGCCACCAUUUCACAUCCCCUUUAUCAGGGAACCAGGUGAGCUAAUGUUAAUGAUAAAUAGAACAAUGGGUAAGUAAUAGAGAGAACACACACCGCCAUUUAAAGUCUGUAAAGGGGCAGUGGCUUUAUAUGUCUUUGGUGAUUUCUUAUACCAGUCUGCGGUUUUGCAUUCUGCUAUGUCAAGUUAUUGUGAUAAGGGUGUUGUGUUUUGUUUUCUUUUUCCAAGUUUGAGUAAAAUGUUAAUGGAGCACUAUAGGGUCAGAAACAUAAACAUGUAUUCCUGACCCUAUAGGGCUAAAACCACCAUCUAGCCCCCCUGGAUCCCUUAUGCCUCCCUAAAUCUUACUUGUAUUCAAGUCUGCAGCUGCUUACAUGUCCCUGUUUUCUUUAGACCUGCCUGCUGACAUCAGCAGAAGUGGUAGCCUGAUCCAAUCACAAUGCUUACCUAUAGGAUUGGCUGAGACUGACAAAGAGGCAGAUGAGGGGCAGAGCCAGCAGAAUUCAAACACAGCCCUGGCCAAUCAGCAUCUCCUCAUAGAGAUGAAUUGAAUCCAUGAAUCUCUAUGAGGAAAGUUCAGUGUCUGCAUGCAGAGGGAGGAGACACUGAAUGUUUGGAUGCAUUUUAGGCUCUCUAACAGCCAUAUAAGGAGUGGCCAGUGAAGUUAUCACUAGGCUGUAAUGUAAACACUGAAUUUUCUCUGAAAAGACAGUGUUUACAGCAAAAAGCCUGAAGGUAAUGAUUCUACUCACCAGAAGAAAUUCAAUAAGCUGUAGUUGUUCUGGUGACUAUAGUGUCCCUUUAAACUAUAUUAAAAAAAAAACUAAAGUCAGGUUAAAUGAUGGCACACAAUUAUGCAAUCUGUAUUAGUGUGCCAAGUAGAGCUGUGAUUUCCUGAUUGAUGAGAGCUGCAAGAAUAUACACACAAAUUGAUUCAAUGCAUCUCGAUGAGGAGGUGCUGAUUGACCAAACCAUACCAUUUCCUUGAUGAUUUCAGCCAAUCCAAUGCUUUACCUAUGGGAAAGUAUUGGACUAGCUAAAAAUCAUAAAUUCUGAGGCUUUGGGGAUUUGGGGCAGGGCCAGAUUUUUUUUCUAAAAAACUCAGAAGUUGAAAGUAGUCCCUACUUUAACACAGGAUAUCUCUUGAUUGUGUUGGAAUAGCAAUGAACUUCCAACAGCAUAUGGGAGUUUUUCCUAAUGAUUCUCUGUAUACAGAAAAACUCCAAAGGGUCAGUGCAACUUGAAGCAGACCCUCCAGGCACAAAAUAAUGGAAGCAUGUAACAUUCAGCUAAUUAUAAUUUUUUAUUUUUAAAUUUUUAUUUAGCAUGGAACCAGGUGCAUAGUCUCUGCUUUAAAGCUCUCAUAUUUGUGAUACUUUGCUACAGGUCACAAUGAGACUCCUCUGAUAAACUUCUUUCUCUUACAUCACAAAUGAACAGUAAAUUAUUGUAUAUGUAAUGCAAUAGUACUAUAUAGUUUUUCCUGUGAAACUGCUAAUUAAUGUAUUGGUUGUCACCAAAGAAGAGAAUGGUCAUGUCACAUGGCUACAGUAGUAAUCGGUUUUUAUAAAAUUUUAAGUAUGUAUUUUCCCAUAUGCAGGAAGUCAGUGCAUUUGGAGAUGAUGGGGAAGGAGAUAUCCUGGAUGACUGGACAGUUUUGUGCAGUGGUGAAUACUGGCAGCGAGACGAGGAGGUGCGGUUCAAACACACAUCCACCAGUGUACUGCUAUCUGUCACAGGGGAACAGUAUGGCCGCCCCAUUAACGGUCAGAGGGAGGUGCAUGGCAUGACCUACUCCAACCAGCACAACUACUGGAAAGUCAUGGAAGGCAUCUUCAUGAAGCCAAGUGAGCCUCCUAGGACUGACUUCUCUCACUCUGAAUUAUGACACCCAACUCAGACUGUAAUGUUCCCCAUCCAUAACCGCACAGUGUUGGUCUCACUCAGGAUUUCCCUGGUAUCCUGAAUGUCUCCCUGCAAAUAUUAUUUCCGAGAAGUUUUAAAAGUGGACUCAAGGGUGUCGGUUGUUUGCUGCUCCCUUUUGGUAUUAUCAUUACGGAUUUCUGUUUUACUGUUUUUUAUGUAAAGACCGUAGGGGUUACAGUUUCCCCUGAGCAUGUCAUGGGGCAAAACUUUGUAGUCUUUGCCUCUACAGCAAGGUUUGAAUAUAAAAUUCUCAAAAACAAAUUGUGGUUUUGUUUGUUUUAGUAUUUGUUAAAACAUACAUGUUAUCAUCUCCAGAUUUGUUUGUUGGGGGUUUUUUUUUUUUGUGGGGGGUGAGGUGGGUUUAGGGAUCGACCGAUCAUUUUUAAGGGCCGAUACAUACCAUUUGUGGCCUUUUAUGCGGAUAACUGGUACCAGUGGCUUUAUGCAGUAAGUAAUAUUUGGUCUUUUCCAACUAAGGCCUGGAUUUAAUGUUUUCCAAAUGAUUCAAAACCGUUAGGAAGACUUUUCAAAUGAUUUAGCUACAAAAAUUCCCAUAGACUUUAAUGGUGACUUCUGUGGAAAAAUGUUGGAAAGCUUUUCUAACCGCAUUGAAUCUUUCUUUUGCAAAGCUUAUUAAUAAAUUGAGGCCCGUGUUGACUGUACUUUUUAUCAAUCAAAGGCAAAUAAAUUACACAGAAAAGUUAAUAGUGAAGUAGAAUAAAAAAUUAAUCGGUUUAUUUAUUUAGAGUGCAUGUACAAGGCAUUAUCUCUAUUGCUUGUUCUUUUUAAUAACUCUGACACAGUGACCCUUACUUCAUAUAUGCACUAAACAUAUAUAAUCAUUUGCCACCGUAAAAGGAGCCUCCAUUGCAAUGAUUGUAGAAAGUAACACCACUACAGGAAACCAUCUGUUGAGUUGCCUGCGCCCGGGCACCUAAUAUGUGUAUGCUCUAACUAGUUUGAGACUGGCUUUCUGGUCCAGAAUCUGGGGUUAAGGGCCAGUGAUAUAACGUAAUGUAACUGCAAAACCCUUUUAUAUUGUAUGGUUUGUUUGGAAAUUGCCUUGUUUGAGAUUUGUAAUUGUAUAUUAUGUGGUUACACAGGACACUGCUAACCUAUUCAUCUGUUAAUAUACUUUCUUAAAAUGCUGGGGGGUUUUCAAAUUUAAGCUUAUUACCUUUAUCUCUGUCCAGCCAAGUUAACAAUGUAAUAUAAAUUUAGUAAGUCAGAAGGUAUGCAAAUCUCUUUAUAUCAUGAAUCACCUAACAUGUCUUUUGUUAAAGUGUUUAAACUGAUCACCAAAGCCAAACACAAAAUAUAUACAUACUGAUUCAAUUGUUGCUGGCAAAGGUGUACAUAAUCUCAUUGUUAUUUCCUGUACUACCCUUUAACAUUGUUAGUACCUUCCCCAACUCCUUUCAAAGUAAAAUUCUGCCUACUAGUACACAUCAUUGAUGGUACCAAACUAACUGUAAAUCUGUUUGUGUUUAAGGCGGUACUGUUUGCAAAGACCCCUGAUGGUGACAUUGCCGCUGGGGGCGGGCAGGCAGGCAGAUGAGUUCUACCUACUUGAACCUGUCCCUUGUGGGUGCCUCCAUCUUCUCCCUGGCUGGUCCUCUUCAGCACCAGGAACCGAGGUCAC